CGAGUUCAGAUUAGAGGAAGAUUUAUGCAAACUGAGGUCUUUUCACCGAGAAAAAUAUUGGUCUGAGUCUGCUAUUUGAAUCUUUGUUAGGCAGUGUGAUGAAGUGAAAGAGAGGGUUGUUUGAAAUUUUUUUCAAUCAGCUGACUGAGUACUUUAGGCAACAAGUCAGUUAGCAAACUAGAAAAUGGGAGACGAUUCCUUCGAAUGUUUGUCAAGUGGUUCUGGAGAUUCCUGGGACAUACUCAGCAAUUCAGGAUCUGAAAAAGAACGUGAUGUUGGAGUUCUUGAAAAGUCAGAAGUAAAAUGCAAUCCCAACCUUUGUGCUAGUUGUGGUGAUGUGUUAUCAGAUGAAUUUCUGCAGUGUUUGUUGUGCAAAAACUGUUACAUCUGUAUGAAGUGUAAAGCCAAGGCUCUCCAUUCUCUGAGAUGUUCAGAAUUAGAAGAACACUCAUUUAUCUCAUCACACAGGACGGUUGAUAAUGUGUCCCAUUCAGAGAAUUGUGAAUCAGACGUUCUAAGUUUGCCAGAAACUGAGAAUGCUUCAUCAUCGUCAGUCCAUGAACAUUUUACUGAUAUUGAUAAUUGGGUGAAAAAUAGUUCCAAUACAGAAUCAUUUACUUCAUCAGAUUUUAAUUCUAUCAAAAAUGAUAUUGAAGUUGAUGAUAUUUCAACUAAUUCAACAAAUGACUAUCGUCAAUCUUCACAUGAAAAGUCUACAAAUCAACUAUCACAAGGUGAUAAUUCUAUUCUAAACGCUUUACUACAAUUUUUACAAAAAACUAACAAUGGACCACUUGUAUCAACAACAGAAUCAGGUUUAUUUGAAUCAAAGAUGUCGACAGUAACUACUAUAGAGCCUUCACUUCCAAAGGCAUCAUUUCAGCCACAUCAUACAGCAGCUGUUCACAAUGUUUGUCUGCUGAAUAUGGAUGACAGUUCAGCCUUUCAAUCAUGGUUUAAUUUAAGCAGUAGUAAUAAUUAUUCAAAACAGCAAAGUCUUUCUUCACGUUCUUCAUCAUCUUCAUUGUCUGAAGCGAAUAAUAAUAAUAAUAGUGAAUGUCUUUCACGACAUGGUUCACCACCUCCAUUGACAACAACACCAGCAACAGCCCCAUUCGGUGGUGGUAUAACAGCAGCAACUGGACUAUUUUCAACUGGUGGUAUAUUGAAAAAAGAAUCAUUUUCCAGUGCGUCUGUCGGGAGUAAUAGUCCAAAUCGUUCAAGUCCAACAUUCGACUUUUCACCGCAAUCAUCAUCAUCACCAUCAGUUAGUUCAUUGUCAUCUUCUCCACUAGGCGCUGCUACACAAUUUUUAAAAUCAGUUGUUAAGUAUUCUGCUGCUGCACUGAACAACUUCGAUCUAUUAUCAUUAGAUCAUACAGACGAAAAGCCUAUUGAUAAUUGGUCAAAAUCUUCUGUCACAUCAUCAUCAAAUAAACAAGGAAGAAGUAACAACACUCCCGCUUCACGAACAUCAUCUCCGACAUCUUUUGGUAUAUUCAGCAAAGUUGUCAACAACAACAACAACAACAGCAAUAAUAAUAAUACUAAUAAUGAUAACACUACUACUAAUAAUAAUAGUAGUAGUAACAUUGGCAAUAGUCUUAAAGCAAUGCCUGUUAAAAGUGCUGUAUGGGAUAGUGAACAUUUACGUGAAAUAAUAGCCCCGAAACCGAUACCACCAUCAUCGAUUGCUGAAAUCACGGCGUAUAAUUUACGCUGACUUUUGACUGACUGACUGACUCCUCUUCAGGGAGGGACACUUUUAGGCGCCCAGAACCAUACAUACACAUAAAUAUACAUGGAUUCAUUCAUAUAUAUAUAUAUAUAUUCUCCAUAGCUCUUUCUGUGUGCAACUCUGCACACAUACAAUAGACAUACAUAGGUGUCAUGUACUUGUGUGUGUGUGUUUGAGAUGUGCUCAUUUAUGGUUCGUUCAGUUUAUUGUUGAAUUUGAGGUGAUUAUCGAUCGUUAUCCUAUGUGAUUCAUGCAUCAUAUGUUGAUAUUUUUUAAGACAAGAAUCUUUCCUCUGAGCUUUUGUUAUUAUUAUUAUUAUUACUAUUAUUUCUGUUUAUCAUUUAUUACGUAAUAUCAUAAUAUCAAAUAAACAAACAAACAAACAAAAUAACAUAGAAUUCUUUUGGGUUGGUUUGCUCAUCUUUUGUACUUUUUGUUUUGCUAUUAUCAUCAUUAUUACUAUUAUGGUAAAAAAACUAUUUGUUUGUCGUUAAUUUGUUAUUGUUAUUUAUUAUUAACUUGUACAUGAUUUCCUCGAGUUUUUAAUUUUGGCGCGUUUUGCUUGUUUUGUUUUGUUUUACUCAUCACCAUGGUUGGUAAUGAAGGAGGCAACUUUGACUUUUUGCGUAAUAUUUAUUUGAGUUUGAGUUGUGUAUCGAAGUAAAUUGUUAUUAUUAUUAUUAUGUUGGUUGGUUAAUGCAGAUCUGAUUUAUUAUGUUAUUCUUCUUAUUGUUAUUAUUAUUUGUAUUGCAGAUAUUGUGAUAGAGUCUGUCUGUCUGUUUGGUUUCAACAUAGAACUUUGCACCGGUGUGCCACAGUUCGAGUCGCCACACUUCACUCA